AUGAACGGCGCCAAACAAGGCCCCAGUGUGGCCGACCUGGCUGCGAUGUCCACCGAGGAAAGAAUGGCUGGCAUGGAACACUCAGAAGUCCGCUAUUUCACAAGCUACGACCACCACGGUAUCCACGAGGAAAUGCUGAAAGAUGAAGUCCGCACACGAUCGUACCGGGACGCCAUCUACCAGAAUGCGCACCUCUUCAAGGACAAGGUUGUACUUGACGUCGGCUGUGGAACGGGAAUUCUCAGCAUGUUCGCAGCACGUGCCGGCGCAAAACAUGUCAUCGGUGUGGACAUGUCCAGCAUUAUCAACAAGGCCAAAGAGAUCGUCGAGGUGAAUGGACUGUCAAAGAAGAUCACUCUGCUGCAAGGGAAGAUGGAGGAGGUGGAGCUCCCAGCACAACACCUGGUAAACGGCAAGGUGGACAUCAUCAUUUCGGAAUGGAUGGGCUAUUUCCUCCUUUACGAAAGCAUGCUCGACACAGUCCUCUACGCCCGUGAUAAGUUCCUGACGCAAGGAGGCAAAAUCUUCCCAGACAAGGCGACGAUCUACAUGGCCGGUAUCGAAGACGGAGACUACAAGGAAGACAAGAUUGGAUUCUGGGACAACGUUUACGGCUUUGACUACUCUCCCAUGAAAGAGAGUGCAUUGAGCGAACCCCUUGUCGACACGGUGGAACUAAAGGCUCUGGUCACUGACCCGUGCCCGGUCUUCACGAUUGAUCUGAACACAGUCACCGCCUCUCAACUGGCAUUCUCAGAGCCAUUCGAACUCCGAGUGCAAAGAAACGACUUCGUCCAUGCGCUCAUUGCAUGGUUCGACAUCGACUUCACCGCCUGCCACAAACCAAUCCGAUUCUCCACGGGACCCCACGCCAAAUACACGCACUGGAAGCAGACUGUCUUCUAUCUUCGGGAGGUGCUGACCGUUGAGCAAGGCGAAUCUGUGCGAGGUUACCUUUCCAACAAGCCCAACAGCAAGAACAAGCGCGAUCUGGACAUCAAGAUCGACUAUGAGCUGGAAACUUCCGACCCCACACGCUUUGCUAGUGGAUCAUGCGAGUACAGAAUGUAA